CAAGCUCUACGACAUAGAGUUUGCUUUUGUUGUCGGUGUGUAAAUCGCGUAACGUACAGUGCUGUCCUUACUGCUCGGGGGUUGACUUGAUCUUUGCUCGGAGAACAAAGAAAAAAAAUAUUAAAACAAAUACGAAUGAAACCCCACGCGUGAUGGGAGUUGUUCUCGCUCGUUAUACUGCCGAGGAGACCGGCGACUGCUGUUUUGUCUCAUGCCUUGCCGUUGUCAUUGCAACAACCCUCACGACCUGCCGGUAAUCAGUGCGGCGUAGAUGUAGGCCCUGUACCUCUUAUCCCUUUCUCUCUGUCUGUCUCUCUCUCUCUCUCUCUCUCUCUCUUUCUCUCUCUCUCUCUCUCUCUCUCUCUUCUCUCUCUCUCUCUCUCUCUCUCUUUCUCUCUCUUUCUUACUCGGUCUUUGUCUUUUCUCCGAAUAAAAGUUAUUUCUUAUAAGUGCGAUAUGCGUGGUGUACAAGUCAGUGCAACGUGAAAGCCGCCAGUGAUGACAGAGUAAGAGCACAGCAGCCAUGUGGUGAUUUGACGAAGGCAUGAAGUGCGACGACGACAACAAUGAAGCCAACGACUGGCUGCCAAUAAAUUAUCAUCCGGAGUCGUUGCAUUAACGCGCAAAUAUAAAAGAAAAAUUUGGAUUGAAAGGGAAAAGAAAUAACGAUGGAGAACAAUACAAUCUCGUGUCAAGCCGGCCUUGUGAUACCAUUGUGGUAUCCAUUGGAUGGUCUCGACACCUGGGACAAGGUGUUUCGCGGCACGGUAUAUUUCCUGGUGAUGGCCUAUUUGUUCAUCGGGGUAUCGAUAAUAUCCGAUCGUUUCAUGGCGGCCAUCGAGGUAAUCACCUCGCAGGAGAAAGAAUUGAUAGUGAAACGCCAAGGCAAAGAGCCACAAAUCAUUAUCGUGCGAGUGUGGAACGAGACAGUAGCCAAUCUGACGCUCAUGGCGCUGGGCAGCAGCGCGCCUGAAAUCCUGCUGUCGAUCAUCGAGAUCUACGCGAAGAACUUUCAAGCGGGCGAACUGGGACCCGGUACGAUCGUCGGUUCGGCCGCCUACAACCUCUUUGUCAUCAUCUCGAUCUGCGUGUUCGUCAUACCCAGCGGCGAGACUCGCAAGAUCAAGCACUUGAGGGUGUUCUUCGUGACGGCAACUUGGAGUAUAUUCGCCUACAUCUGGCUGUACAUCAUCCUCGCGGUGUCGAGCCCCGGCGAGCUAGAGAUCUGGGAGGGACUGUUGACGUUCAGCUUCUUCCCGGCCACGGUGCUCACGGCUUACGUGGCCGACCGCAGACUGCUGAUCUACAAGUACCUACACAAGGGCUACCGCAUGAACAAGCGUGGCGUGAUCGUCGAGACGGAGGCCGGCGACUCGGACGUCGGCCUCGAGCUCGAGAUCAAGGCCCAGCACGAGCACGGCAACGGCAUGAUCGAGCGCUACCUCGACGCCGACACGCCCGAGUCCCGUGAGUUCGAGCAGACGCGGCGCGACUACAUCCGCACCCUCAAAGAGCUGCGCAAGAAGAACCCGCAGCUGCCGCUCGAGCAGCUCGAGGUGAUGGCGCACGAGGAGGUGCUGGGCAAGGGCCCCAAGAGUCGCGCCUUCUACCGAGUGCAGGCCACGCGCAAAAUGGUCGGCGCCGGCAAUCUCAGUCGCAAGAUCAGCGAGCGCGCCCAGAGCGACUUGAGCGAGGUGAAGGCCGAGCUGCAACGCGCCGAGGCCGAGAGCAUCGACAUCGAGAACGUCAACGCCCAGCGGGUCUACUUCGAGCCCGGCCACUACACUGUCAUGGAGAACGUCGGCACCUUCGAAGUCGGCGUGACGAGGGUCGGCGGCGACCUCAACCGGCCGUGCACCGUCGACUUUUGCACCGAGGACGGCACCGCCGAGGCCGGCUCCGAUUACGAGAGCGCCAAGGGCACUCUCAGAUUCGAGCCCGGCGAAACCAGGAAGACCAUCAAGCUGUCGGUCAUCGACGACGAGCUCUUCGAGGAGGACGAGCACUUUUACGUAAGGCUGAUGAACGUGUCGCAGCCGGCGAUGCUGGCGUCGCCGAGUCUGGCGACAGUAAUGAUAUUGGACGACGACCAUAGCGGUGUGUUUGGCUUCCCGGAACGCGACGUCGAGUUGGUGGAAAGUGUGGGCCAGUAUCCGUUACGGGUAAUCCGUUACAGUGGCGCCCGGGGACGUGUUAACGUACCUUAUCGAACGGUCGAGGGUACAGCCAAACCUGGCAAACAGUAUCUUCACGCCGAGGGUACCAUCACCUUCGAGGAUAAUCAGACAGAAAAAGCUAUAAACUUAACGAUUGUCGAGGAAGAUUCUUACGAAAAGGAUGCACUAUUUUACGUUGAACUCGGCGAUCCACAAUUACAAGGAGCGGAGGCAGGUCUGGCGGCUGAGGCAGAGCUGAAAGCACCGGAAGAUCGCACCGAAGAGGAGAAAAUGUCGCUGCUGGGCAGGCCAAAACUCGGUGACAUUUCACGCGCUCAGAUCAGGAUCAAGGAAUCCAAGGAAUUUAAGAAUACUGUCGACAAACUCGUUCAGAGAGCCAACGCCUCGUUGAUUUUGGGUACGAGCUCAUGGAAGGAACAGUUCACGGAAGCACUGACCGUUAGCGGUGGUGACGACGAUGAGGAUGGCGCUGAGGAAGGCGAAGGGGGCAGGCCCCCACAGGCACCCUCGGCUGGCGAUUAUCUUAUGCACUGCCUUACGAUCUUCUGGAAGGUACUGUUCGCCUUCGUACCACCUACAAAUAUCGCUGGAGGCUAUCUAUGCUUCGUCGUCAGCAUCUUUGGCAUUGGCGUAGUAACAGCCGUAAUUGGCGACGUCGCAUCCUACUUCGGCUGCACCCUCGGUAUCAAGGACUCCGUCACGGCCAUUAUGUUCGUCGCCCUUGGUACCAGCAUACCCGACACAUUCGCGAGCAAGGUGGCAGCCUGCCAGGACAAGUAUGCGGACGCGAGUGUCGGCAACGUGACCGGAAGCAACGCGGUCAAUGUCUUCCUGGGGAUAGGCGUCGCAUGGAGCAUCGCUGCCAUUUACCACGCUUGUCAUGGCAACAGAUUUCUUGUUGAACCAGGCAGUUUGGCAUUCUCCGUGACACUAUUCUGUUCGGAGGCCUGCCUGGUGAUUGUCGUUCUGAUGAUGAGGCGGUCAAAAGUAGUCGGAGGUGAACUUGGUGGACCCUUCUUCUCGAAAUGCAUGACUUCAUUGUUUCUCUUCUCCCUUUGGGUCUUCUAUCUCGUCAUGUCGACUCUUGAGGCCUACGGCGUUAUCAAAGGAUUCUAAACAGAUAGAACUACAACUAUAGAUGCAUACAUACACAUACAUACUUACACGAAGAAAAUAAUACAUACAUACACAUAUGUACAUAUAUACAUGUAUACAUGUCGGCGUGUAUACAGUGUUAAGGCCUAUAUACGUUACCGCCAAUAACUGUACGAAGAUAUACAUAUAUACACGAUGUAUACAUGGGAUUACCUACAUUAUUAGUUCGAUUUUUUGAAUGUACACGCACAUGCGACGUGAGAAACGCAUGAAUAUACGAUUCGUAGACCGAUGAAAAAACACUUUCACAAAAGUUGAAAUAUACAGCGCGGUUUGAGUAGCUAUGGUCGAAAUACCGAAGAGUAAAAUACUAUUGAUAUUAUAAUUUAGCGAAAAUAAGUAAACGUGUAUGCAUUGAAUAAAUCAUCGAGUGAAUGCGAAUGUUUCAUGCAGGCGUAAUGUUUGGUGCGAAUCAUUUUAAAGUAUAAAAGAAUUUGCCUUAAUGUAGCGAAAUACAUGCGAAAAAGUCAAAGUGUUACGUGUAAUUACAAGUCAAGUUUAAUCCAUAACCAUGAUCGCCAUGAGCAAUGACAAACCUUACAUAUAUCAUGGAUAUUUAUUACCAUUCAAAGGUUGGAAUAAUCAUAAUAAUAAAAAAGAAUAUAUAUAAAAUAGCGACUCACUUGGAUGUAAAAGGAAACGAUCAUUCAUGAAAGUGUUACAGAUAUAAUCUAUAUGUAUAAUAUUUAAGUAGCGCAGAUCUGCGUCGCUGUACCUUCCUAUCAGAGGUUUGAUAUAUAUUAAGCUGUAUAAUUUUGUAUAAAAUAUAUGUGCAACAACAGAUUAAUUUAAUUGAUCCGAAACAUUAAUUCAUUGUGAAUGCAAGAAUAAGACUUUCACACACGCAUCUACAAAAUUUCAUCUGAUUCAAAAAUAUUUUAGCAGUUGAAUUAUAACUCGAAGUUUCACUCAAAUGUUUUUUUUUAUUUGUUUUAUAUUAAAAUUCUUUAUGAUCCAAUUAUUCUUAUCUAAUUUGUAUGACCAAAAAUAAUUUUUAAAAUUGCAUAAAUAUCUACACCUUCUAAUUUUGAAUAUUUUAAUCAAUAAAAUUGAGUGAAAAACGAAUAAGCUUCUAAAAACGAUAAUAAAAUAAACAAAUACAAGCUCAGUUGUUAUAAAAAUUGUAAGCAAUUGUAAUUGAUACUAGUUUUGUGUUCCAAAUAGAACGUUGAUUCAAAAAUUAAUGUACAUUGAAUGAUAUUCCAAAGAGCUGUGACAAAAUAUAGUAAUGAAGUGGUUUAUUCAAACAAUAUAAAUUAAAAGCUAUUUUUCAUUCGUCAACAAAUCUAUUUCAACGGUCUAAACGCAUACGUGAAAAUCGCAUACAGUUUUUAACUUUAACUAUCUGUCGUUUUAUGGAUUUUUAAUUACUUUUCUUGGACUGUUAUUAAAUUCGAAGCUUGAAAGCUAGAGGAGUUAUUUACAUAAACGAAAACAGCAAUAUAUUUUCAUUAGUCUUAUAUUGCCUGCGAAAUGCAGUAUAGUCCAAAAUAUAUGCUAUUUUUUUGUAUGUGUUUGACUCAACCUCGUAAAAAAGACAAGCAACUAUUAUUUUAUUUUAGUUUAUUGAAUUAUUUAGAUCAACGGUUACAAAUAAAUUAAAUACAUAUUUCAAUUUUUAAUGAAAAAAACACUUUUUUGUUUGAAAAAGAUUUACUAAUCUGAAAAUGUUAUAAAAACAUAAAUACACACAAAUAUAAAAAAAUCAAUUUGUCUCAAUUUCAUUUGGAUAAAAAGAGCUUACAGCAGUAACUUUCAUUCUUCUUAUUCCAGCUUAAUUUAUCAUUGUGUACAUUUGAAAAAAAAUGCGAUUUCGUUAGUGUAAUAUAUUUGCCAAUUGAAAGCUCAUAAUUUUAUGCAAAAAUUUAUAUACAUAUAUGCAGUGACUACGCCUUUCAAAUACUUUUUAUAACAAAAAACGUCAAAGUAAAUAAAAGUUACUAUUCGGUAGAUGCAACUUAUUAACAAAAAUAUACCGAGAACCACUCGAUAGCAAAGCGUUAAAGUGAUAAUCCGUAAAAAAUAAUCGCGGCUAUCUAAGGGAUUUUCGUUGCUGAUCAAUGCGAAUGGUGGCAUCGUGAAAAUAGAGAGUAUUGUAUUAAAUUUAUAAUUUUAGAUGUAAAGAAUAAAGGGUUUCAGUAGUAAAACAAAAUUAGACAAAGUAAAUUAAACCAAAUUGUUAUCACUAUAUUAACAUUCAUAAUUUCUUUAAAAAUUUGGAAAAGCAAUUUCAAACAAUUAAUAAUAAAAGUGUGUAUCGAUAAUCCAAAGCCUACCUCAAAUCGAAUGGCAAGUUGCAUCAUCGACGAAAUUGCCUUGGAAACACGCGAUGUCAUAAUCGUGCAUUUUUCUGUUGUUAAACAUUAUAGAGACACGUUAUUCCUUCUAAUAAAAAACUGAAAAAUAUAGAUAAGGCAAAUAAGUAAGCCUUUGAAUUGAGACACCUAAAAAGACGUAUUAUAUUAUCUGGAUACAAUAUGUUGAUAUCGGAUAUACAAUAUACAGAUAUUAUACAUAAAAUUUAGGCCUGAAAAUAUAUAUUUAGUCGACAACUUGUACGUAUUUAGCGAUAAUAAGGUAUUUCGAUAAAUUUCACUGUUGACAGUGAUGUAUCAUGAAAUAAUUAUGCUAAUACAAACAUUUUAUACUAUUUACUGCAAAUUCAAUUAUAUUGUACACUAAAUUUACUGAAAUUAAAGUAGAAAAUAAGUAUAAAAGUGAUUGUAGGAAUAUUGAAUCACAGUGCAUUUUGUAAAACUGCAAAGAAAAACAAUUAUCAAUAAACAUCUUUAUUAUUUCAGAAAAAUCUUUCAAGAAUGUAAGGUCAUCUGGUGUUAAACAGUGAAAAUUAUAAGUUUUCUUUACUGUGGUGUAAAAACCGUUCUAAUAAAGUUAUAACGGUAAACUUUUUUUCAUCUUAAAGUUCUCGGUAAAUCUUCUCAUUUUUUUUGUUUUUCAAUCUCAAAAUCUCAGUUAGGCGCGCUAAAAUAUCCUCUAAAGCACAGCAUUUGAUUUUUAGAAAAAAAAAGUGGUUUAACAUACUUUUUUGAACGUUGGAGCGAACGAAUAUUAUUUUUAAAGGACUCAUUUUGUUUCUUAACAUCAGUAGUCUAGAUUAAGUGAAGAAUUUUUGGAAAUAGUCAAUGUUACUUUUUUUAUGAGAACUUUCACAAAUUUCGUUCAAAAUUCUUUUUGGAUAAAUAUGCAAAAGGUCUUAUAAAAAUGGUAAAAUUGACUAUUUCGAAAGCUCCUUCGCUUAAUCUUGAGUACUGAUCUGAAAGAAUAAAAUGAGCCCUUUAAAUACUGCAGCGUUCAGAAAAUCGUAAUAAACCAAACUUUAAAAAAAAUAAAGUGUUACAUUUAAGAGGGCUUUCUAGAGUCCUUACUUGAGAUUUUAGGACCUAAAAGGAAGAAAAUAAAAUCAUUUAUCGUGUACUAGAUGAUAAGAAAAUAUUCAUAAUAAUAACUUUCAUAGAAUUUUUUUAUCACAACAGUAAAGUUAUAAUUUUCGCAGUUUAACACCACUCGGUCCCGCUUAAAAGCUGUUCACCAAAAGCUCGAAUAUAUACUAUUCUUUUAAUAAUACUUUCAAAAAUGGAGGUCACUAAUUAUGCCACACAAAAAAUAAGUAUUGAAAUUGAACGCAAUAAUAAAAGACUACGUGGAGUUUACCAAUGAAUUUAAAUGCUGCUUUUAUCGUGUUAAUAAAAACUUUUCCAGAACUUUGUGUAGUACAUUUAUCACAGAGAAUGCAAGUUGCAAAAUUUGUUUUCAAUUCAAAACUCAAAUUUUACAAUUUAUAUAUAUUGAUAAUUCAUAGAAUUUUAUUAAUAUUUAUCAAAAUAAAAGAUCAACCAAACUUCUUAUGAGAUUUGCAUCUCUAAUCAACUGGAAAAAUGAAACAUAAAUCUUUUGUGCUAGAUGAUUGGUUAAUUACUUCUUGAAAGAGCAAAUCAGGUAAAUUCCAUGAAUUUAGCAGAACCAAAAUAUUGUUUCUCAUUUUUCGAAAAAAUUUAGCCAGUUUGUUACAUAUAUUUUAUACAACAUUUUUUACACAAUUCUUGUCAAAAUUACUGCCUUUUCUGAAAUUAACAAUGUAUAGUAAAUGUAGAUUUUCAUUGAACAUUACUAUAUUAAACAUUGUCGAAAUAUAUUUUGUUGCCGUUUUGUUAAUUUUUCAGCAAUAGUUAUAUACUUUCAGUAUAAAAAUGUCAAAUGUUAUAAAAUUAACAAUUAAAUGAUAUUGUUAUGUAUAACUAAAUGGAUUAAUCAAAAAUAGAAGCAUUCGCAAUUUUUCUGCCAAUAUUUAUUAAUGUAAUUUGCUUGAUAAUCUUGGGCCUCCAUUAUAUCAAUAAUAUUUGAAGUUUUGAAGAUAACAAAAUAUCUAAUCACUUACAAGAAUCACGUACGCUACAUAGAUAUUUAAUCGCAAAAAUUCUCUUCGCGGUACUAGUAACUAUACACUAAUAAAUAUAAACUAUUUCGACUUGUCAGAUAAUAGAAAUUAUAAUUUAUUAAAAAUAACUCCGUACGUGGCUAGCCCUAGUUUUUAUUCAUGUUCUAGUCGACAAUUUAACAAACUAUAUUCUAACGAGAUAAUCAUUCAAUAUUUCAAAAUAAAAUGGAAUAAUAAAAACAAGUCUUUAAAAAAAGGACCAAAGCCCUGUGAGGCACGUUUAUCUUAUUAAAUUCGUACGAUGUAAUGGUAAAAACGCGCUAGGACACGUUUAGGUUGAUGAGGAACACUAAAUCGUAAAGUUUCAUAGUUUGCGAUUUGAUGUAGAUCGAGUCGCAUUUUAUUCAUAUACACAAAACUUUUCUGGUUAUAGUUUAGAUACAGUUAUCAAGUGAAAUUAAAUAUACAACAAUAAUAAAAUUAUUAAUGAUACGCAAGUUUAUAAAACAUCAAUAAUCGCAAAAGUGGAAGAUAAAAUUGAUACCACCGAUAUUAUGUUACGAUGAUAUUGUUGCUGAAGAAUGUGAAAUAGUUAGUAAUGUACGUAUUUCCCCAUGUAAUGUUUAUUAAAUUUUAUUUUUCAUUAUUCUUUAUCAUUAGAAGACACGAAAGUAAGAUGAAAGCUAAUUGCCAUCAUGUAUAAUGGUGAACGAUAUUGUCAUUAAAUAUUACAGAUUUAAACGUUAAACAUAAGUAAUUACAAUAAUAAAAUUGAUUAUGCAUUUAAGAAUAUCUUUAACUAUAACAAAAGAUAUUAAUGAUAUUAGUAUAUACAAGUAAAUUUUUUUAAAUUAAUUUUUUAAAUGAAUUGAUGCUGCAAUAAAACGAUAUUUUCUAAAAAUUUAUUAUUUCAAGAGCUCAUGAAGUUUAUAAC